AAUGAUGCAGCGGCGCCUCGAUCGAGGCGGGACGUCUUCGGGGAGCCCGGCUCGGGCGAUUUUCGGGGCGUGGCAGCCUCCUUCGCCCCAGCGGGCAGCCGUCUGACCCUCGGAAGCGGCGGGGCAGGCCCUGCGGCGCCGCUAGGGCCCUGCCAGCGAGCGCGCGCUCCUGGAAACUUGGCAAGCCGGCGCGCGGGAGCGGCGCGGCGCGCGCGGAACUUGGCGCUGCGCGCGCGGGAGCGGCGCGGCGCGCACACGGCGAUGGCCACGCGCGUGAGCGCGACGGCGCCUACGUCGUGUCGACGACGAUGGUGGCCCCGGGCCCUGCUUAUGAUAGCGGCGGCGGCGGCGCAGUGCGACUAUAAUGACGAUUCCUGCAUCGUCAUCGUCGCCUGCGGCGACUCGAUCACGCGCGGCGGUCACGGCACGAAGGGCUGGGACUGGCCGGAGCUCGUCCAGGACGAGCUGGGCGACAAUUAUCUGGUCAUCAAUAGAGGCGUGAGCGGCUCGACGCUCACGGACUUUACGGACCGAGCCUGGAUCGACACGUCGCACGGCGAGGAGGCGUUGGAGGACUCGCGCAAGGCGAACGCGUUUGUUGUUGCUUUAGGUACGAACGACGCGAAAAGUGGGGGCGACGAGCCCAUCUGGCCGCUCCUUGGGCCCCACGAGUUCGCGGACGCCUACGAGCACGUCCUCGAUGAGCUGAGGGACGCCGCCGACGAGGAGCCCAUCAUGUUCGUGGCGACGCCCAUCCCGCAGUCGGAAGAUUCGGGGAAAUGGCCGGACGUCGACAUCCUGAACGUCGAGAUGCCGCCCAUCAUCGAGGGCAUCGCUCAUGAUAAUGAUGCUAUUCUAAUUGAUGCGCACCUCGCGGACUUCUACGACGCAAAUGGUGAUGUAGACCCCCAGUUUUAUGAUGAUUCUGUGCACCCGAACGACGCCGGCUACAAGCUCAUCGCCUCGGCCGUCGCGGACGCGAUCCGACAACAGUUCCCGGCGCCGUCGCCGCGGCCGACGCAUAAACCGAGCUACGCGCCGACCGUGCGGCCGUCGUCACGGCCUUCGCCGCGGCCUACAUUUAUACCGUCGCCCGCGCCGACGCCGCGGCCGACGACGCCCGCGCCGUCGCCGGCGCCUUCAUUCAGGCCAACCCAAAAGCCGUCGCCCGCGCCGUCCUCGAUACCGACGGCGGCGCCCACGCCGGUACCGCGCGCCUCGUCCAAUAAACAGGACGAGCCCGUCUCGGCCGCGGGCGCCGCGGUCGGCACCGUGCUGGGCGCGUUCGUGCUCGUGGGGUCCUACGUCUUGGUCCAGGGCGUCCGGAAGCUGCGGCGGAAGAAGGAGCGCGUCCAGGGCGCGACGGACUCGCCGCCGCCGCCGCCGUCGUUCUCGCCGCCGGGCGACGAGAAGGGGCUCCUGUCGUCGCCGGACAACUGGUGGCGCAAGCGUUUGGCGGGAGGCACGUCGCGCUACGAGCAUAGUGAUGAUGACGUGCGCAUCACGGUCGACUUUGGCGGGCGCCGCGUGCCGGUGGCGAACGCACGGUCGAACUCGCCAGCCGGUUUUGGGAAGUGGUUCCGGCCGCUGUCGCCGCGGCGCUUUCUCUGGAAGAACUCCUUCGAUGCGAGUGAGGCGGCCUGCCCGACGCCCGACGGCGAGGAGGUCAAGGAGGAGUACCCUGAUGAUCGUGUCAAGCGGCCGACGCCGCGGCGGCCCUUGGGGGAGGCCUCCGACGUCUUCGCCAUCGAGAUGUCGCCGCGGUCGCACUCGCCGACGCCCACCGAUAGUAGUUUUGCCGAGUCGCUCGGCGAGUCGGACGUGGUGGUGGUGGCGCUCGACGUCGACUCGCAGAGCGCGCGCUCGGAGUCGCCUCCCUUGGAACCGUCGCCCGCCACGCCGCCGACGUCGCCUCUCCAAAAACUCAUGAAGUCGGUCUCGAACAGCAUGCUGGGCAAGAACAGCUGGGCGAAGACGCAGGCGUCGCCGGCGGCGCAGCGCGCGCGGCGGCGCGCGUGGUCCGAGACCGACGACUUCUCGCGCGGCACGCCGUCGCCGCCGGCCUCCGACGACGUCAGCUCCGAGGCGAGCUCCGUGCCGCCGCCGCCGGCGGCGCCGUCGCCGCAGCCGCCCUUCGGGUCCCCGGCGCGGUUUCCGCAACCCAUCUUCGCCGACGACUCGGACGAUCUCUAGUCCCGGCUUUCACCCCGGGACGCUCUCUUAAUUUAUUAGCUGUGAA